CGUCCCGGUCCCCCCUUCCUGGCCGGGUGGUUGCGCCCGGGCGAGGCCGGACUGGCAGGGGCAGGUGCCAGCCGAAGAUGGCGUUUCCCGGGCAGCCGGCGCCCGGCGGCGGUUUCUACCAGGGCGGGUAUGGAGGAGCUCCAGGAGGACCAGCAUUCCCUGGACAAGCUCAGGAUCCUUUGUAUGGUUAUUUUGCUGCAGUAGCAGGGCAGGAUGGACAAAUAGAUGCUGAUGAGCUACAGAGAUGUCUCACCCAGUCAGGGAUUGCAGGAGCGUAUAAACCUUUCAACUUAGAGACUUGCAGACUCAUGAUCUCGAUGCUGGAUAGGGAUAUGUCUGGCACACUGGGAUUUAAUGAGUUUAAAGAACUCUGGGCUGUGGUCAAUGGCUGGAAGCAACACUUUGUAAAUUUUGACAACGAUAGAAGUGGUACAGUGGAUCGUCAAGAACUAGAGAAAGCCUUGAUGAAUAUGGGAUUUAGACUGAGCCCGCAGGCAGUGACUGCAAUCACAAGGCGAUACAGCACUCGUGGAAAGAUUACAUUUGAUGAUUACAUUGCCUGCUGUGUGAAACUCAGAGCUCUCACUGAAUGUUUUAGAAGAAGGGAUAUAUCUCAGCAGGGUUUUGUGAACUUCCAGUAUGAUGAUUUCAUACAGUGUGUUAUGAGCGUCUAAAUCAAAAGGAAGGAAGCCAUGGAUGAUCACGAUUAACAUUCCAGUUUGUGUUUGCUUUGCCAAAUCUUCCAAUGAUUAUGUAUCUCAAUAUUGGAAACUGCAUAUUUUAUGAAGGUAUCGCUUUACACACUUGCAUUUUUUUAGUUUUGACAAUGAAUAUAAACUACUCGUGUACUGUUGUCUUUUAACUUCCAA